CAGAGAGACCGCAAAGAGACUACAGAGAGACUGCAGAGAGAUUAGAGACUGCAGAGAGACUACAGAGAGAUUAGAGACUACAGAGAGACUGCAGAGAGAUUAGAGACUACAGAGAGACUACAGAGAGACCGCAGAGAGACUACAGAGAGACUGCAGAGAGAUUAGAGACUGCAGAGAGACUACAGAGAGACGACAGAGAGACUGCAGAGAGAUUAGAGACUACAGAGAGACUGCAGAGAGACUACAGAGAGACUACAGAGAGACUGCAGAGAAAUUAGAGACUACAGAGAGACUGCAGAGAGAUUAGAGACUACAGAGAGACUACAGAGAGACUACAGAGAGAUUAGAGACUGCAGAGAGACUACAGAGAGAUUAGAGCCUACAGAGAGACUGCAGAGAGAUUAGAGACUGCAGAGAGACUACAGAGAGACUGCAGAGAGACUGCAGAGAGAUUAGAGACUACAGAGAGACUACAGAGAGAUUAGAGACUACAAGAGACUACAGAAAGACUGCAGGGAGACUACUGGACCAUGAUCGAUUUCUGGGUCAGGUGCUAGUGAAAGAAAAAAGUAAGCGAUUGGAAGCUCUGUUGGAAGAUUGGUAGCCCUGCUCUGUCACCCAUAUAGAGUUUUUAUUGGCCGGCAAGUAAGGCACAUACACCCUCUCUAAGGCAUAGUGCACUUGACCCCUAAAUUCAGUAAGGCACAUAUACCGUAAAUUCAGUAGAGCACAUGGACCGCUAAAUUCAGUAGGGCACUUACACCCCUAAAUUCAAAAAGGCACAUACACCUCUAAAUGCAUUAGGACACAUACACCCUUAAAUUUAGUAGGGCACUUAUACCUCUAAAUUCAGUAUGCCACAUAAACCCUUAAAUUCAGUAGGGCACAUACACCCUUAAAUUCAGUAUGGCACAUAAACCCUUAAAUUCAGUAGGGCACAUACACCCUUAAAUUCAGUAUGGCACAUAAACCCUUAAAUUCAGUAGGGCACAUACACCCUUAAAUUCAGUAGGGCACAUACAUACCUAAAUUCAGUAGGGCACAUACACCCUUAAAUUCAGUAGGGCACAUACACCCUUAAAUUCAGUAUGGCACAUACACCCUUAAAUUCAGUAGGGCACAUACACCCUUAAAUUCAGUAGGGCACAUACACCCUUAAAUUCAGUAGGGCACAUACAUACCUAAAUUCUCCUCAGGCCUCGUGUUUUCUUUCGUAUAGCUGGUGUGUGGGUGGAUGGGAGGGGCCAUGUCAACUGGUAGGGUUGGUUUACCUGCAUGCUGAUAUGAUCUGGAAUGUUCCAUCCCAAAGUUCAUUUAGCUUGUCGGGGAUAUAACCUUACAAGGCAAGUAAAAUAAAAACAGGCAGCGUGCUCUUGAGGCUUUUGCAGAUAGUUUAAUUUAAUUGGUUUUAGUUCACAUAAAGAAACAGAAUAAAAACUGAUAGACUAUUUAGACAGGGUCAUACUAUGUGUGGUAAGCGCGUAGCUACAGCGUGCAGCAGAAUGCAUUUUCCCCUGAGCAGUAUCUCUGACUGUCUUCACCCAGUUUGCGUUCACCGCUCCCACAUCAAUUUGGAGGCCAACCUAAAUCACCUGUGGAACAGGUGUGUCCUGUUGCCUGAUGUCACAACAACAAGUGCCAAAACUAAAAUAAAAAAGGGGGAAGAACCAAAAGAAAACAAGUAAUAUAUGAACCUUUAUUUGACCAAGAAGUCACAUUGAGAUUAAGACCUCUUUUAUAAAUGAGACCUAGCCAAGUGUGUGUAUUUCCUAGUAAGUCGUAAUCACAAUUAUGUGUUUUAUCAACACAGCUUGGACUUAAGGUUAGGGUUAAUUAGGGUUAGGGUUAGGGUUAGCGUUAUUUUACAUGCUAGGGUUAGGGUUAUUUCACACAGAAGAGUUAGGGUUAGGGUUAGGGUUAUUUUACAUGCUAGGGUUAGGGUUAUUUCACACAGAAGAGUUAGGGUUAGGGUUAUUUCACACAGAAGAGUUAGGGUUAGGGUUGUUUUACACGCUAGGGUUAGGGUUAUUUCACACAGAAGAGUUAGGGUUGGUGUUAUUUCACACAGUAGAGUUAGGCUUAGGGUUAUUUCACACAGAAGAGUUAGGGUUAGGGUUAUUUCACACAGAAGAGUUAGGGUUAGGGUUGUUUAGGGUGGCCUGUAGCGUAGUGGUUAAGGUACAUGACUGGGACCCACAAGGUCGAUGGUUUGAUUCCUGGUGUAGCCACAAUAAGGUCUGCACAGCCAUUGGGCCCUUGAGCAAGGCCCUUAGCCCUAUAUUGCUCCAGGGGAGGAUUGUUAGGGUGAUGCUUAUUUUACACAUUAGAGUUGGGGUUAGGGUUAUUUCACACAGUUGAGUUAGGCUUAGGGUUAUUUCACACAGUUGAGUUAGGCUUAAGGUUAUUUCACACAGUUGAGUUAGGCUUAGGGUUAUUUCACACAGUAGAGUUAGGCUUAGGGUUAUUUUACACAGUUGAGUUAGGCUUAGGGUUAUUUCACACAGUUGAGUUAGGCUUAGGGUUAUUUCACACAGUUGAGUUAGGCUUAGGGUUAUUUCACACAGUUGAGUUAGGCUUAGGGUUAUUUCACACAGUAGAGUUAGGCUUAGGGUUAUUUUACACAGUUGAGUUAGGCUUAGGGUUAUUUCACACAGUUGAGUUAGGCUUAGGGUUAUUUCACACAGUAGAGUUAGGCUUAGGGUUAUUUCACACAGUAGAGUUAGGCUUAGGGUUAUUUUACACAGUAGAGUUAGGCUUAGGGUUAUUUUACUUAGAGUUAGGCUUAGGGUUAUUUUACAUAGUAGAGUUAGGCUUAGGGUUAUUUUACACAGUAGAGUUAGGCUUAGGGUUAUUUCACACAGUAGAGUUAGGCUUAGGGUUAUUUCACACAGUUGAGUUAGGCUUAGGGUUAUUUCACACAUUAGAGUUAGGCUUAGGGUUAUUUCACACAGUUGAGUUAGGCUUAGGGUUAUUUCACACAGUUGAGUUAGGCUUAGGGUUAUUUUACAUAGAGUUAGGGUUAGAGUUAUUUCACACAGUUGAGUUGGGUUAGAGCUAUUUCAUACACAAGAGUUGGGGUUAGUGUUAUUUCACACAGCAGAGUUAGGUUCAGGUUAGAAAACAAUAUUUUAUUCUGAAGUUGCCUUUAUCAGGGCCCCUUGGGAAAGAAAAGUUCCGGAGUACUGGAGACUUUAAGUAGGAAGAAUUUGGUCCCUCUUGUGUUGGAGUUUUAUGUGCGUUUGUUCAGUCCUCUUGUGUUGGAGUUUUAUGUGCGUUUGUUCAGUCCUUUUGGGAAUAAAGUUUGGGUUUUGGGUGAGAGAGAAAGGCCAGACAGACACAAUAAUGAAGUAAACAGGAAGGACAGGAGUUACAGAGCAGGCUGCUGCUCAGCAGUGGGUGCGUACCACAGGACAGGAAGGGGAGGAGACUGAGUGCUGAAUACGCAGCGUUUCAGAAUGACUUCAAACCACAUAGCAGCGUGUGAGGAGCUGAUUCACAUGACUGAUAUAAGAGUAUGUGGUCAAUGUAGCUGAAACUGAACAUGUCAUCGAGCACCCUAGAUUUAAAAUGAAGAUUAAAGUGCACACUAUCAGCUUUAAAGGUAUUUUAAUCACUACAUUACAUUAAUGGCAUUUGGCAGACGCUCUUAUCCAGAGCGACGUACAACAAAGUGCAUACCCCCCCCCCCCGGCACUCCCCGUCUGCAAUGUCAGUCAGGCAACACAGGCGAAGUGUUUCUGCCGUUCUGCUGGCUGCUUACAUGAAGACUACAAGGGAAAUAGAAUCUAUUCAUUUCUGGUAGGUUGCAAGUGACUAUAAAAUGUAGCCUUACUUUAAUUUCUGUUCGAGAUCUGCUCAAAAAGUUUUUGCUGUCCUCUUGAUUUUAUGAUUGAUAUUCUCACCUAAUUGGAUUUGGUAAACAUUGGUUUUGACUUUAAGACUGUUUUUCCACUAAUGUCUUGCAAAGCAUUUUGUUGUCCAGUUAAAAAUAAAACUAUCAAAAGACUAGGUAGCAUGGGUAUGCUGCUCAAAUUAAGUAACAUUUAAUGUUUGAAACUUGAUGAUGUUUUACAAAUGUACAGUGGAUGAUCUGGCGUGGUACUUCCUGGAAUUUGGGGAGUGGGUUGUUUUUUUAAUUUUUUGUGUGUACAUUCAUUUGCCCUUUUUCCCCUCCCCAAUGUGCACACUGCAAACUUCUCCCACAAAUGCACAGGUGAGGGGUGUUAAAUAAUAAUAUUAGAGGUAUGUAUUGGGCAUGAAAUGAAGACCUUUCUUAGCCCAAUGUCCUUACACUCCGAUGAAAACUAGCCCAACAAGUUCUAGCCACAUUUGAAAUCUGAACCUGAUAGAGCUUAGUCACGGAAAUAAUGGCAACACAGAGUAGCACAAUAGAAAGUGGAGUGUUUCUCACAGGAAAGCUGCCAGUGAAGUGCUUGUGAUGGUGGUGUGAGUGAUGGGAUGACCACCUAUUACCAUGGAAUGACAACAAUCACGUGAAGCUUAUUGUUAUUCUCAACUAGUAAAUUAAGACAGUCAUAUUUGUCCUUGCAUGCUUAUUUAUAUGAUUAUAUUUAUAUGAACACAUUUUUCUGUUCUGUUUUUAUUUCCCUUUUUAUUUCCAGAAAUCAACAUGAAUAUUGUGCUUAUCAGUUUAAUCCUAAACGUAUAUGAAUAUUCUGCUUAUCAGUUUAACCCUAAACGUAUAUGAAUAUUGUGCUCAUCAGUUUAACCCUAAACGUAUUGUGGACAAUAAUCAUGAGAUGUUGAUCACAUUCCUUUGUGGGAGAAAGCAUUGCUUCAUAUAAUACAUUGAUAUUCCAGGAAUGCAGCAAUGCACCCAAGAAGUUCACCAAUGCUUUCUCCCACAAAGGAAUGUGAUACAUGUGUUGUUAACAAUUGAUAUUGAUUGACCCAUCUAUCAUGGGUAUGUAUGUGUAUAUGUAUGUAUAUAUAUGUUUCUAACAUGAACAUGUUAUUUUCCAGUUUUUUCCUAUAUACCAUUGUUGAACAAUCAAGUCUCCGCCUUAGAUCAUGAGGAUCAUGUAUAUGUAUGGGUGUGGUAGCACAUGAUCUGUUUAGACCUGACAAAGAUCCACUGGGAUCAAAACUACAAUAAAGGUGUCUGUCUGUUAGUUUAUUUGGUAUUUUUGUAAAUUUUUCAUAUUCAUGUCUGGUUUUCUGUUUAUAUUCAUUAGUCUUUGCACUCGUCUUCCCCAGUAAUGUCUGUGUCUGAAUAUUUUGUGAUCCAGAGCCCUUGUGGUAUUCAGUUUCUUUGGUUUUGUUUAAUGGAGACCUGUUUAUGACCCCUGCCUGCUUCCCUGGACUCUUUGCUUGUUUUUGUGGAUUCUGUACCUCUGCCUUCCCAUCGCCUGUCUGAGCCUCAUUAAACCUGCCGUUUUCUCCACACCCCCGUGUCUGCUUCUGGGACGUCUGUUCCCCGCCGCGACAAAAGAUGACUGAUGGCUGGCCAGGUCUUGGAGAUUCUGGAGGAGCUGACAAAAGAAGAAUUUUUAAAGUUGAAGUUGUAUCUGAAUGAAGAGGUGCUGGAAAGAUGUAGACCCAUCCCACAGGGUCGACUGGAGGACAAAGGUGUGACAGGUGUCGUCACCUUGAUGAAGAGUUCCUAUGGUAACAAGAUGGUGCAGGUCACACUGGAGAUCUUAAAGAAAAUUUCGAGAAAUGACCUCGUUGAGAGACUGGAAAGUGGUGCUGAAGUCAGAAGGCAGACUGUGAGGAAACGAUCAGGGGAGGAUCUGAGCUCUGCAGCUGCAGCCGGUGAUUACAGCCCUGAGAGGAAGCGCGAGAGGAGCUUGAAUGCAGAGCCUGUGUCUGAGACCCAGCAGGGAGGGGCACAGCCGUCCCUGACUGUUGAUGCACCCCUGAGCUCCAAUCACCAGGACCUGGACACAGAAAAAAACCAAUGUGCUCAACGUGUCCAGAAGAAGCUGAAGUCUCAUCUGAAGAAGAAGUUUGAGUGCAUAUAUGAAGGGGUUGCCAAGCCAGGAAAACAUGCCCUCCUCAAGAGUAUUUACACAGAGCUCUACAUCACAGAGGGGGACUGUGAACGGGUCAAUAAUGAACACGAGGUGUGGCAGAUUGAAACAGCAACCAGGACACAGCCUACACAAGACACAGCAAUUAAAUGCAACAACAUCUUUAGACCCUUAGCUGGACAAGACAUACCCAUCAGAACUGUAAUGACCAAGGGCAUCGCUGGUAUUGGAAAAACGGUCUCUGUGCAAAAGUUCAUUCUUGACUGGGCAGAAGGAAAAGCUAAUGAGGAUGUUGAGUUCAUGUUUGUCCUUCCUUUUCGGGAGCUGAACUUACUUAAUGAUGAGCAGCACAGUCUCCUUGAGCUUCUGCACGUCUUUCACCCUGAAAUGAAAGGGUUUGAAAACAUUGAGUCUGAAGAUUACAAGGUUUUGUUCAUCUUUGAUGGUCUGGAUGAAAGCAAACUUCCCUUGAAUUUCAGACGCAAUAAGAUCCUGUCUGAUGCAAGGAAGACAUCCUCAGUGGAUGUGCUACUGACAAACCUCAUUAAGGGGAAUCUACUUCCCUCUGCUCUCCUCUGGAUCACCUCCCGACCAGCAGCAGCCAAUCAGAUCCCUCCCGAAUUCAUCCACCGACUGACAGAGGUCAGAGGGUUCAAUGAUGCACAGAAAGAGGAGUAUUUCAGGAAAAGAUUCACAGAUCAGAAUCUGGCUGGUAGAAUUAUCUCACACAUAAAGACAUCCAGGAGUCUACACAUCAUGUGCCAUAUACCAGUCUUCUGCUGCAUGUCUGCCACUGUUCUGGGGAGACUUUUGGGUGGAACUGACAGGGAAAUAAUCCCUAAAACUCUGACUGGAAUGUACACACAUUUCCUGCUCAUUCAGUCAAACUUCAAGAAUGAGAAAUAUGAGGACAGAUCUGAAACUGAUCCACAAAAACUGUUGGAGUCAGAUAAAGAAAUCCUCCUAAAACUGGGGCAACUAGCUUUUCAACACCUGAAGAAGGGCAAUCUGAUGUUUUAUGAGGAGGACCUGCAAAAGUGUGGCAUUGAUGUCACAGAAGCUUCUGUGUACUCUGGGGUGUGCACAGAGAUCUUUAAAGAGGAGUCUGUGCUGCAUCAGAAGAAAAUCUACUGCUUUGUGCAUCUGAGCCUGCAGGAGUACAUGGCUGCUUUGUAUGUGAUUCAUUCUUUUACAGGCAAGAAUUUCAACGUGCUGAAGUACUUUUUUGGUCAAAAAACAUUACCUACUGAAUUGUCACUGUACAACUUGCACAAAAAAGCAGCGAAGAAGGCUCUGGAGAGUAAGAAUGGACACCUGGACCUUUUCCUCCGAUUCCUUCUGGGCCUCUCCCUGGACUCCAAUCAGUGCCUUCUCCCAGGUCUAUUGCCACAGACUGGAAGCUCUAAGAGCAUCCAGAAAACAGUCACAUAUAUCAGGGGACUGAAGAGGAAAGACCCUUCCCCAGAAAGAUGCAUCAACCUGUUUCACUGUCUGUCUGAACUAAAUGAUGAUUCCCUUGUGAAAGAAAUCCAAAAGUAUCUGAUUUCAGAAAAUCCUUCUGAUGAGGUUAUUUCACCUGGGCAUUGCUCUGCCCUGGCCUAUGUGCUGCUGAUGUCAGAGAAGGUUCUGGAAGAGUUUGACCUGAGAAAAUACAAAACCUCAGAUGAAGGGAGAAGAAGAUUAGUCCCCACUGUGAAGUGCUGCAGGAAGGUUGUGCUCGCUGACUGUAAUCUCACAGAGAAAUCCUGUGAAAUUGUGGCCUCAGCCCUGCAGUCAGUUUUCUCUCCCGUGAGAGAGCUGGACAUCAGAAACAAUAACCUGGGAGACUCAGGAGGGAAGGUUCUCUGUGCAGCGCUGAAGAGCCCGAACUGUAAACUGCAGAUUCUGGACCUCAGCUACAAUGACCUGGGAGACUCAGGAUUGGAGAUGCUCUGUGCUGCUCUAAGAAGUCCACUGUGUGAAAUUCAUACUUUGAGACUCAGCGGCUGCUAUCUGGAUGAAAAAUCCUGUGUAUCUGUGAUCUCAGCUAUGCAGGCAGGCUUCUCUCCCCUCAGAGAGCUGAAGCUCAGCAAUAAUAAUUUGGGAGAUUCAGGAGUGGAGAUGCUCGCUGCUGCGCUGAUGCAUCCAAACUGUAAACUACAGACAUUAAGCCUUGGCGGCUGUAAUCUGACAGAUAAAUCCUAUGACGCUGUGAUCUCGACUCUUCAGUCAAACACUUCACCCCUGCGAGAGCUGGACCUCUGCAAGAGUAACUUGGGAAAUUCAGCAGUGAAGUUUCUCUGCGAUGGAGUAACAAGUCAAAACUGUAAACUACAGACACUGGACCUCAGCUACUGUAACCUUGGAGAUGCAACAGCGAAUCUGCUCUGUGAAUGCCUCAUGAGUCAAAACUGUAAACUACAAACUUUAAGGAAGAGGUACUUCAGCCUAUGUACCAAGCUUGGUGUCAAUACAUCAAAGCAUUGCUGGAAUAUGAUCUCCCUUCCUGUUUGUCAACUUUGCCACCAAUUUAAAUUGGCUGUGAUGGACGAACACUUUUAUAAAUCAAAAAUCCAUCAAAUUAAUUUCCUGAGGCUUGGUCUUCAUAUCAUCAAAUUUGGUGAAGUAUACAGAGUUAUUACAUGUUAAAAUGACAGACCUCUUUUUGUGAUAGUUGAGAUGAUGUUGAUCAUCAUAACCACAGUCAUCAUAAUCAUCAAUAAGUAAAUAUAUAAUAAUAAAGCAAAAAGUAAAAUAGUAAAAUCUUAACUGAAGUAAUGGAGCUGUAUGUGCUCACUUGUCAUUAGCUAAUGACCACUCCUCCCCAGCUAGACCACUCCUCCCCAGCUAGACCACUAUGGUCUGCCAGCUCUGGUCGCCUUAUGGUUCCUUCUCUACGUCCACCUGGUGGUCAAGCUGCACGUUUACGCCUGUUUUCCGCUCUGGUUCCUCAGUGGUGGAAUGACUUGCCUACCACUGUCAGGACAGCAGAAUCCCUCCCCCUAUUUCGAUGCAGACUAAAAACACACCUUUUCAAACUGUACCUUAGUCCUCCCUCCUGAUUUCCCCACCCCCCCUUUCCGAUAUCCCUCUUGUCUAACCCCCCAAAAAAUAAAAUAUAAUAAUAAUAAUAAUAAUAAAUAAAUAAAUUGCACUUACGAUUACUGUAUUUUGUCUAGAACAGCACUUCAUGUGUAUUUUACUAGUUAUGGAUAUGAUGCUUUAACUUGUGGAAGAACCUAUGCAGGCGGCACGGAUGGUGCAGUGGGUAGCACUGCCGCCUCACAGCAAGGAGGUCCUGGGUUCGAAUCCCCGUUGGCCGGGGCCUCUCUGUGUGGAGUUUGCAUGUUCUCCUCGUGUCUGUGUGGGUUUCCUCCGGGUACUCCGGUUUCCUCCCACAGUCCAAAGACAUGCAGGUUAGGCUGAUUGGAGAGUCUAAAUUGCCCAUAGGUAUGAGUGUGUGAGUGAAUGGUGCGUGUGCCCUGCGAUGGACUGGCGACCUGUCCAGGGUGUAUUCCUGCCUUUCGCCCAAUGUAUGCUGGGAUAGGCUCCAGCCCCCCUGCGACCCUGAUCAGGAUAAGCGGGUUCAGAUAAUGGAUGGAUGGAUGGAAGAACCUAUGCACUUGUAAAUCGCUUUGGAUUAAAAGCGUCUGCCAAAUUACUAAAAUGUAAAUGUAAAUGUAAUGAAAGAUUUAUGAGGAUAAUAUUUGUGUUUUAUGGAGGCAUACUCUGCGUAUUCCUCUGUUAUUCAUCUGAGCCUAAUUCUGACAUAGUAAAACAGUGCACAUGUGUUUGUUACUAUAUGUGUUUAUGUGUACAUGCACUCAAGUAUGUGUACUGAAUCUGUGUUUUCUCAAAGGCUGAAGAGAACGUAAUCUCAGUCUGUAUGUGUGUAUAUGUGUGCAUGUGCAUGCUUGUGUGUGUGUGUGUGUGUGUGUGCGUGUGCGUGUGCGUGUGCGUGUGCGUGUGUGUCUCUGUCUCUGUU